AUGAGCUGCCGGCGGCAAACAAGUUCACCGUUGACUCAUCAGUUGUUCUCGUCACUUGUUCUACUAGCAUGCCUUUGUAGCAAUGGCUGCAGAGCUACAGCUCCAGCAAAAUACUGCCGGUUGAAUCGGUCCGACAAAUAUGGCGUGGCCUACACGAUCACCGUCGACAACUCCGGCCAUGGCCCCGCCGCCAACUUCACCACCGUGCAGCGAGCCAUCGACUCGAUCCCCGUCGGGAACUCUCAGUGGGUCCGCAUCCAAAUUUCUCCUGGUAAAUUCACAGAAAAAGUGGUGAUCAGAGAGAACAAACCCUGCAUUUUCCUGCACGGAGCCGGAAGGGCGUCGACGAGCAUCGAAUGGGACGAUCACGAGGACAAGCCCACCAGCCCGAUCUUCGCGGCCUUCGCCGACGACAUUGUAGCAAAAGGAAUUACAUUCAAGAACAAGUACAACAUAGGGCCCGGCGACUUGGUGUGGAAGAGAGCUACGGCGGCGAGGAUCGGAGGGGACAGAUCGGCCUUUUUCGAAUGUGGGUUCAUCGGUCUGCAGGACACAUUCCUCGACGACGACGGGCGACAUUUGUUCAGCAGCUGCUACAUCGAAGGCGCCAUGGAUUUCAUCUACGGAGCGGGGAAAUCCAUCUACAAGGAGUGCGAGAUAUCGCUCAACAUCGGGAAGUACGAGCCCGGAUUGGCGGGAUCGAUCACGGCGCAGAAGAAGGAGCUGCCGGGAGAGGAGGGUGGGUUCGUGUUCGACGGCUGCGAGUUCACGGGGACAGGGAAAGCCAUACUUGGGAGAGCUUGGGGAGCUUACUCGACCGUCGUCGUGUACAAUUCGAGCAUUGGUGACAUUGUUGUUCCUCAAGGGUGGGAUGCUUGGGGCUAUGUUGGACAUGAAGCAAAUUUGACGUAUGUGGAGGCGAAUAACAGAGGAAAAGGGGCGAAUACAUCGAAGCGAGUUCCAUGGAUGAAGAAGCUGAAUCCGGCUCAGCUCAGAAGUUAUGUGGAUAUUAGCUUUAUAGAUCGAGAUGGCUGGCUUCGUAAUUUGCCUAGAAUCUCAUCUUGA